UUUGAAAAAAAAUCUCUUUCUUGACAAUUGAUGUGCUAAUAUGUUGAAUAUAUUGUAUUUGGAAAAAGAAGAAGAAGAGAAAGAAAAUAUGUGGCAACCUACAAAACAACAAAUAUUUAUGCUGGCAUGUGCUGCAUUUGCGUUGCGCGCCAUCGUAUCACUACAACCAUAUUCGGGAUAUAAAAAACCACCGAUGUAUGGAGAUUUUGAGGCUCAGCGUCAUUGGCAAGAAAUUACAAUAAAUUUAUCGAUCACCGAUUGGUACACAAAUACGACCGACAAUGAUCUGAUGUAUUGGGGCUUAGAUUAUCCGCCAUUGACAGCGUAUCACAGUUUCAUUAAUGGGUGGAUUGCUAAGAAAUUGAAUGAGUCAUACAUUGAAUUGUAUACAUCACGCGGAAUAACUAGCGAUGAACAUCAAAAUUUCAUGAGAAAUACAGUAUUGGCGGCUGAUUUUUUGUUGUACAUACCAGCGAUGAUUUUUGCCAUUAAAUCGAUUGGAGCAAAAAACCACUCAAUUUUAAAUAUAUUGAGUUUGAUUGUGGUGCUGUUCUAUCCGGGCCAAAUAAUCAUCGACAAUGGACAUUUUCAAUAUAACAACAUUUCACUUGGUUUAGCGGCUCUUGCUAUUGCUGCCAUUUUUCGGAAUUCCGAACGACUUGCCGCCAUUCUAUUCGUAAUGGCUUUGAACUACAAACAAAUGGAAUUAUAUCAUGCGUUGCCAUUUUUCUUAUAUUUACUUGGACAUUGUUUUACAAAUUCGUCAAUUAAAUCGAAAAAUGUGGGCCAAAGACUGAUUGCUGGUGUUAAAAAUGUGACCAUCUUGGGAUUAAUUGUCAUAGUUACGUUUGCUGUGAUUUGGGCACCGUGGUUACAGUCUUUUGAACAUUUUAAACAACUCAUCCAUCGGCUAUUCCCUGUGGCUCGUGGCGUCUUUGAAGAUAAAGUCUCGAAUGUGUGGUGCAUUGUCAACGUUUUCUAUAAACUGAAAACACACUUUACAAACGAACAAAUGGCAAUGGUGUGUCUAAUAAGUACAUUGAUUGCGAUUUUACCGAGUAGCCUACAUUUAUUGUUAAAUGCACGAAAGGAAAUGUUCCUAUUGAAUUUGAUAAACAGCUCACUGGCGUUUUUCUUAUUCUCAUUUCAAGUUCAUGAAAAGUCAAUUCUACUCGUCACACUACCCGUCAUGUUAAGUAUCCGCUCUGAACCGUUGUGUGCAUUAUGGUUUCUACACAUCGCCACAUUUAGCAUGCUACCACUACUAGCUCUCGAUCAACUAAUUUGUCCAACAAUCAUUCUUACCUACAUCUACCUAAUGUUGAUUCGAAUAACAAUACGAUGGCCCACAAAUGACAGUACCGAAAAAAUCACAGCACCGAUAUGGGACGUGCUAUCGUUCACCAGCAUUAGUGAUAACAAAUUGUUUGUCGGUCUGUUUUACCUAAGUUCGUUUGUUGGUUGCCCGUUAUUAGUUGUCGGACAACUUUUUAUUCGGCCACCAGACACAUUACCAUUUCUCUUUCCGUUGUUGAUUUCAGCCUAUAGUUGUAUACAUUUUGUGCUAUUUUUCAUUUAUUUUAACAUUCGACAAAUUUUUUUUGGUGGGGCAACACAUCAAUUUGACACCAUUCAACGUGUCAUCCAAAAAACUAACAGUAAUAAAACUCAUAAUACAGUGAAUAAUAAAAAGAAACGCUUAUGAAUAGAUUAAAAGACAUUCGAGCAUCGAACCAAAUAAAAACAAAAAUAAAGUUGACGACGAAUCAGACGGUUGCGGUGGUAAAUUCAAUGUGAUUAUUGUGUCUGCCGAGUUCGAGGGAAAGUCCAUAUUACAACGUCAUCGACUUGUUAAUUC